GCUUCUCGCCUUGCUCUCGAGAUUUUGUCGAUAAUCACAUUCAGUGGUAGAUCUCUCACCAUUCACUGGGUGGGGUUAGUAGUAGUCUCCUGUUUCAGACCUUGAAGAAGGAAGACGUUCCUAUUUUUUCUCACCUCGCCUUCCUCGGUUGAAUCAACAAUGUCAACUAAUUCUUACGAACACUUACUUCCUCCCAGUUGGAAGGCUCAGGUCACGGGUUGGCUUGCAGAGGAUACACCAUCAUUUGAUUACGGUGGUUACGUUGUCGGUGAGGUUCACCGUGAAGCAUUUCUUUUCGGGAAAGGCAACCAGAUUGCGGUCUUGGCCGGACGACCCUUCUUCACUGAAGUCUUCGCACAGCUUGGAUGCGAGGUUAAAUGGCACUUGGAGGAGGGCGAGACUUUCGAGCCCAUCAAGCACAUCGCUACUGUUCGAGGCAAAGCAAGGCACCUUCUGCUUGGCGAGCGUAUCGCCUUGAACAUGCUUGCUAGGUGCAGCGGCAUUGCAACGAAAUCCAAACGUAUCAAAGAUCUUGCGGUAGGUUAUGGUUACAAGGGUAUUAUUGCUGGAACCAGGAAGACAACUCCAGGGUUUCGGUUGGUCGAAAAGUAUGGAAUGAUUGUAGGAGGUAUUGAUCCUCACCGCCACGAUCUUUCGAGUAUGAUCAUGCUCAAGGAUAAUCAUAUAUGGUCAUCUGGAUCGAUCACCGCUGCAAUCCAACAGGCCCGCGCAGUGGGCGGCUUUAGCUUGCUGCUUGAUGUGGAAGUUGGUUCGGAAGCUGAAGCAGAUGAGGCAAUCGAAGCGGGCGCUGACAUCAUUAUGCUGGACAAUAUUGAAGGGGAAUAUCUUGUGAGCGUCGCUCGAAAGCUCAAGGAGAAGUGGGCUGGGAAACGGAAGUUCCUCUUCGAGACGAGCGGUAACAUCACCGAGGCUAACCUGCAAGAACGUGCAAUCAAUGACAUCGACAUCCUCAGCACAAGUAUUGUUCAUCAGUCCGUCCAACACAUAGAUUUCAGCUUGAAGAUCCAGAUACCUCAUUAAUAGACACUUGGAUAUACAUUAUGUGUAUACUUGAUCAUGGAGAUCGAAAAGUCUAAGCGCAUUCAACCCUAGGAUGUUAGCCUGGUGUUCCGGCUUGGAAUCUACACCAGGCAUUCCCCGGAUAGCUGCCAGAUUGCUUUCUACGCUUGGCCAUUUUUGGCUCGCUUCAAGUGGCGGGAAGAAUGGGUGAU